UAACCCACCACAAACAAAACAAUCACACUUUGCUUCAGUCAGGUCGGCUUGCCGGCAUUCAUCGCCGUUAUCGUCCUCAGAUGCAGGACAUGGAUGGUUAUCCCGAAGUCCCCGACGGCGACUCCACCAAACACCAAGAAAGGCAUUACUACCUGUUAUCUGAGCUGCAGACCUUAGUCAAAGAUUUACCAAGCUCCUUCCAGCAGCGCCUGUCCUACAGCACGCUCGGUGACCUGGCCCUGGCACUCAUCGACGGGACGGUUUAUGAGAUUGUGCAGGGACUCCUUGAUAUUCAACAUCUCACGGAGAAGAAUCUGUACAACCAGAGGCAAAAGCUGCACUGCGAACACCAAGCACUCAAACAAGAUCUCGCACGGAAACACAAAGAUGCUGUACAGUCGUGCAAGUCUCACAAUCUUACACUUCUGAAAUCCAACCAACAAGCGGAGCAAGAGUCUCUGGAGACCCGUGUGCGAGAGGAACAAAGAAUGAUGGAUAAGAAGAUUGUAGCAGAAAUGGAUCAAAAAGUAAUAGACCAGCAGAACACCUUGGAGAAAGCAGGAGUCCCUGGGUUUUUUAUCACCACUAAUCCUCAGGAGCUGACAAUGCAGAUGAACCUACUCGAAUUGAUUCUCAAGCUUCAACAGAAGGAGUCACAAUCUGGACUCCUUUGAGGGGGAGGCCUAAUUGUGCCUCAAGAAGGGGAAUGAAAAUCCUGCAAUAGCCACUGAGCGCAAAUGCUCCUAUUCCAGUCGUUGUGAGAUUGUGAGAAGUGUCGGCCGACAUUUGUUAUGAGUGUAAUAUUCGCCAUCAAAAACCGAAGGAGAAGAGGCUGAUUCUUGAGUUUGCCGUCUUUAGUAGAAACAGGUGAUGACAUCAUAGACUGUAAAGCACUUAGCUGACACAGAUGUGUUUUUCAAAACCUUUAAGCUACAUUGUACAUGUAUUUGAAGACAGCGUUAAGGCUCUGUGGAUUAAACUGUAGAAGAUGAACUGUUGCUCAAGGACACAGACUGUUGUUACUUCUCAUGAGGGCCUCAUGAUGCCUUUUAUGGAAGUGUUUUGACACAUCAUAGCUUAUUUACACAGUUUUGUAUGCGUAUCUUCCUUUUUUCUAACAUUGGUGCUACUUUUAAUGGUGUACACAUUGUGUAUGUUUUUUUUCUUUUCUUUUUAUCUAUUAGGUACGCCUUGUGUGGGUACUAGAGGUGUAAAUUAGAUCUUUAUCUAACAUCUUCACAUUUGUUUUGCUAUUUUCUUUCUCCAAAAAGUCAGUAUUUUAAGUUGUACCACCCACAUAAAUUAGCAACAAUGAAGAAUUCAAUCAAAUAUAUGAUGUACCUAUGAACAAAACCAGUUUGGAUGGCACUAUUGAAUAUCUGUACGUGUUGAUUUUCCAUUGCAGGAAUAUUUGUUUCUGUUAAAAAAUGUUUAACA